GGUCCAGCAUCUCAUUGCCUGGAUGUGGUGAUCUGGUGAGUUUCGGUUCUUUGAUACUUUGAGAGGCCCCAAGGUCAUUUCCUGAGGAAGGAAUUCAGAUAAAACAACUGUAAGGUUCAAGCUUGAAGACCAGAAGGGUCAGUUUCUAUGUUUAUCAAAAAGAACAGCCUACGGGACGAUUGGAUCGGUUUCAUGCCCAGCCCAGGGUGCAGGAUGUGGGAAGCCUGAGUUGGCCUGGUGAGCAGCCCAGACACCCGGGAUGGAGGAGUGCAGCCUCUCCUCCCACAGACUUGUGAACAGGGUGUGGAGACAGACACCCAGCUCCUAGGACCAUGCCACCCCCACCCCUGCCUACCUCUCGCAGCACCUUUCCUGUGGAUCUGACGCCCUUCCAGACACAGAAGUAGGCCAGCACCCGGCAGGCCAGCAGACCACAGGGCCACCUCCCAGCUGAGGGCCCUCCGCACCUCCGACGCUGCCAGGGGAGCAAGGGAAGGAGGGAGAGAGGGAGAUCCCAUGAGGUCUGUGCUGGGAGACAAGGGAACUAUGGGGUCCCCCCAAGGAGUCCUGGCUCCCUUCCCUCCCCCAGCUCUGGUCCCGCUGGUGCCUCCCAUCCACAUGGGCUGGACCUGGGGCCACCGGAGCCCCUGGGUUUUUGGGGGCCCGACCUGGGGCCAGGGAGCCCCUGGGUGACGGGAGGCCACCCCCGAACCACCCGACCUGCAGCUCCAGCUCCCCCACCAGGCUGGGCGACCAGGACAGGGACCGAAGCUGCUGAACCCAGUUAGAGGCCUGGCCCCGGGGUCUGUCCUGGGCACUCCCCCAAGGACAGGCAGGGCAGGCAGAGUCUGGGACGAUGGCCGCACAGCCCUGGCCCCAUGUUCCCAGACCUGCCUUGCUCCUCGGUGUGAGGGAGACCAAGGGGACGGGACAGGCUGGGCCCCGCCGUGCCUGACUCCCUGCAGGGCUCCCGGGACAAGGGCCCGGCGGACAGCCGGCUGCUCAGGGGUGAGGGGUCCAGGCUGGCAUCGUGGCCACCUUCCGGCCCGGGCUCUCUUGGGGCGGGGCGGGCGGGGAGAACCAGUCACGUGCUCCAGGGCUCGCCCAGGGUCUCUCAGGGCCGGAAGUAGGACCCCUGUGCGCAGGCGCCCUGAGGAUCCCGGGCUGCCAGUCGCACGCACGCCAGGGGGCGGAACUUCCUGCAGCCUCACUGCCUCCGCGUCCUCGUGGGCCCCGACUUUGUCUCUGAGCGCGCCACAGAGGCCCAGGAGCCAUGCAGGCCGCAGGCCAGGGCACAGGGGGUGCGGCGGGCGAUGCUGAUGGCCCAGGAGGCCCUGGCGUUCCUGGUGGCCCAGGGGGCGAUGCUGGCGGCCCAGGAGAGGCGGGUGCUGCGGGCGACGGAGGUCCCCAGGGUGCAGGGGCAGCAAGGGCCUCGGGGCCGGGAGGAGGCGCCCCACGGGUGCCGCGUGGCAGUGCUGCUUCUGCACAGGAUGGAAGCUGCCAGUGCGGGGCCAGGGGGGCGGAAAGACGCCUGGUUCAGUUGUACAUCACGAUGCCUUUCUCAUCGCCCAUGGAAGCGGAGCUGGUCCGCAGGGUCCUGUCCCCGGAUGCCACACCGCUCCCCCGACCAGGGGCGGUUCUGAAGGACUUCACCGUGUCCGGCAACCUACUGUUUAUGUCGGUUCGGGACCAGGACAGGGAAGGGACUGGGCGGACGAUGGUGGUGGGUUGGGGGCUGGGAUCCGCCUCCCCGGAGGGGUAGAAAGCUAGAGACCUGGGAACACCCAAGCACAGGGUCUCAGAACAGAGACCUGGUACACCAGGUCCGCCGCCACCCGAGGGAGCCCGGGGAGAUGGGUGCAGAGGUGUCGCCUUUAACCUGAUGUUCUUCGCCCCUCACAUUUAGCCGACUGACUGCUGCAGACCACCGCCAACU